AUGAAAACUGCGACGGCUCAGGCACAGCCAGCAGUUAUUUCAACCAGACUUGUUAAAAAACUUAACACUUUCAAUAGUGCUGAAGUGCCUUUACGAGAGAUGAAGCUUACUCUUUCAACCGAACCCCCUGUUAUUCUUAAAGUUGUUCCACCCCCAGCAUUGGUUGACGAGGAGUCAUCUGAAAAUCUUUACUUUAAUCCAGAUUUAGUAACUAGAGUAGCCAAAGUGGAUUCAACAGAGCGACCAUCGCUUGCUGAAAUACUCGCUGUUGAGCAGAAGCCCGUUCUUCUCCCAGGAGAAUCUGCUCCAGAAGUUUUUACAUGUAACAGCAAAACAGAUGGAGUCUACACAAAAGGUUGCUCUGACGUAUUUGUGUUGUGUAAGGCGGAAACUACAAUAAUUUUCCGCUGCCCAGACAACAAGAUAUUCGACAUUAAAACAGGAACUUGUAUUCCAAGGCCGGACGGUUGCCCCCCUCCCGCCAUUUUGGAUGGUCCUUACAAAUCUUCACGCUUGAAGCCCGCAUUAAAUGCAGAAAAGCAACAGUUAAAGUUAUUGUAUCGUUUAGACGACAAAAAACUAGUUUUGAUAAAGAGUGAAGUAGCUCCACUUCCGGUGGCCGCACAUGAGUAUCGUUACCCCAUAGAUCCGUCAUCACCUCUUCAAGUACCAGAAAUUGAACUACCGACACGUCAAACUCCUAUUCAUCAUGAAGUAGUUCUCGAAACUUCUUCAAUGUUAGUAGAAACACCGAAAGCAUCGUCAAUGACUCCUACUAGAACCGGACCUGGUAGACUUACAGCAGUUCCUGCACCAUUCGUAGAAACACCAAAAAUAGUGUCAGCGACUCCUGCCAGGACCAGUAGCGAAAGACUUUCAGCAGCCCCUGCAGCAGUUUCAGUAGCUCAAACAGCAACCCCAGUAGCUCCUGUCAAAACCGGAUGUGGAAAACUUCCAAGAACUCCUGCAGCAUUCACAGAAACACCAGCAGCACCAUCAGUGACUCCCGCUAGGAGCGGAUGUGGAAGACUUGCAGCAGCUCCUGAAGCGUUAGCGGAAAGAUUAGGGGUAGCACCAGUAGCUCUCUUUAAAGCUGGAAAGGGAAGACUUUCGGCACCUCCUGCGGCAGUGGUAGCGGAACCGACGGCAGCACCAUUAACUUCAACUAGAACUGGAUAUUUUGCUCUUCCACUAGAUCGUCGGAUAGCACAUGUGGUCACACCAAAUGAUGCAGGAGUGGUAGAGGAGGAAACUGGAGAGUUCUACUCAGCUUUCUCCUGCCUUUUCCAUCCGGAUGGCGUUUAUCCACUUCCUGGAUCAUUGUCUUCUGUCGUGCUAUGCAAUUCUGGUGACACCGUAAUUUUGAAUUGUCCGGGUGACUUUGUUGUUAAUGAGAAAGAGUUGAAAUGUGUGGCGAAAACACAAAAGACUCGAGGGAAACAUGCUAUGGCAUGGGAUAUGGAGUCUUCUCAUUUGGAUGUUCGCCUAGUUAUUAUGUUUCGUUGCCUCGGUAUUGCAACCGUUUCGCUUGCCCAUCACCACUAG